AUGCAUGUGUGGGAGAGUUCAUUUAACAUACAACACUGCAGUAUAUCGAGAAUGAUGCAUGUGUGGGAGAGUUCAUUUAACAUACAACACUGCAGUAUAUCGAGAAUGAUGUAUGUGUGGGAGAGUUCAUUUAACAUACAACACUGCAGUAUAUCGAGAAUGAUGCAUGUGUGGGAGAGUUCAUUUAACAUACAACACUGCAGUAUAUCGAGAAUGAUGCAUGUGUGGGAGAGUUCAUUUAACAUACAACACUGCAGUAUAUCGAGAAUGAUGCAUGUGCGGGAGAGUUCAUUAGACAUACAACACUGCAGUAUAUCGAGAAUGAUGCAUGUGUGGGAGAGUUGA